AUGUGGACUAUUUGCGUACCCGGAUGGGGAGCUAUGAUGGUAGCGGGCACGUUGCUGCUGUAUGGAACCUUGGACGUGGCUUAUUUUGCGCGUAUGAUGUAUACGGUUGCAAAGGCUAGGUACUUUAGAAAGAAGAUAUGCAUUUUGGACACAACAAAAGUAGAAUCCUGGUGCCUUUUGACAGAUAUCGAUACCUUAUUGUACCAUAUGAACAAUGCUCGCUAUCUUCGUGAGUUGGACUUUGCUCGUGCUGACUUCUACGAGCGUAGUGGUUUAUAUGCGAAUAUAAAGGCAGCUGGAGGCUCUGUGCUUCAAGCAGCUACAACCAUCAGAUACAGGCGAUACUUGAAGCCUUUCACCAAGUUUACCAUCACUUCUAAGGCCAUUUUCUGGGAUGAGAAGACGUUUUUUAUGGAACAUGAGUUCAUUGGUCCCGGUGGUUUCGUCCACGCGGUAGCGCUGUGUCGUCAGCGGAUAAUUGAUACGUCAGUAGCGGCGAUUGCUGAACUAUUGCUGCAAUUACAUUGCUCGGGGAGUUGUAAGUCGCCUCCAGAGAAGAUGCCUUCCGAGGUGGAACUCUGGGUCCAAAGCAACGAGUUAAGCUCUGCUAAGCUACGUCCAACCGCCCCUGCACUUCCCUCCCUCGAGCCGCACCCCCUCAGCUGCGGGGAGAUCAUCCCCAAAGUGGAAUGA